AUGAGGCGUGGGCCGAUCGUCGUGUUGCUUCUUCUCGUCUGUUGCGGUUCGCUCGAGGCUCGAGGUCGCGACGACACCGGCUUCGUGAACGUUGAAUCGAUGCGUCGAGAUGUCCGCGAAAUGGCGUUCCAGGAUUUACUCGGCGAGGGGAGCUCGCCGGAAGAACAACAAGUCCCUAAAAAGCGCAUGAAAAAUGCUUCCGGCAAAUCAGACGAGGGAGGAUACUACAAGACGUACGGUAGCGACGCCGAGGGCGAGAAGGGUUACGAGAAGGCAACCUACAGCAAGGGCAAUCAUGGCUAUAAGACCCUCGACACCUUCCACAAGCAGGACGGCGACAAGUACGCAUUCGAGAAGCAUGUUGCCUACGGCAAAGCGCAUGCUGACAAGAAAAGUAGCCACGACGAGGCAGCCUCUCGUUCCUGGAAAGCGGGUGAUCACGAGGGCGCAGGCACCAUCAUUGAUACUCAUUAUGCAACCGGUGAUCACGAGGCCGAAGCCAACGAUCACAGUGGCUAUACUCACGAAGAUGGUGCUCACUAUACGGAUCAUGAACCAGAAUCUUCGAGUUACGGACACAGUGAAAGCUACACGGACGGAGACGGUGAGCAUGGUUCUUACGAAAGCCACAGCUCCUACUCGAAAAGCUCUGGUGAUGAAUACGGAAACGAUGGAAGUCAUUACUACUAA